AUGUACGAUGGCCGGGUUAUUAAAAUAGAGAAUGGCCGGGCAACCAUGGAUAUUAUUCUGGAUAAACCCCGGGGAUGCACUGAAGCUGUAAUGGAUAUUGUGCACAUCGUAGGAGAUGAGUACGGGUGUUGUACAAUGGAAGGAUCCUUCCAUGUUAUUGAUGUAAACCAGCGGGCAGUAAAACAGACAAUAAGCGUGCGUAACAGUUCUCUGAAUACUAUGUGCACGAUGGGGGAUAAAGUAUUCAUGGCAGGCGCUGACUCAAGAAUUAUUUGCUACACAAAGGCCGGGAAGUAUUACAGAAAAGAAUCACAGGAUGACGUAUGUUAUGGUGACUGUCUGUUCAUGCGGGAAUCCAACGGGAAUAUUGUGGUCGCUUCAGAAGAUGGAACUUUAACUGUUGUACAUUUACAUAAGACAGAGAAAAGGCUUGUUUUAAGAAAGUAUCCCACUCACCCCGUGGCGUACACCAAUGACAAAGUGUACAGUGCAGCAAAAGAAGAAAUGGGUAUAUUUAAUGUAGAAAGGCCAGAUGAAGAGAAUGACAGUAUAAGGAGUAAGUGUAUUUUUAAACAUAUAGCAAAGAGUCCUAUACUUGAUAUUAAGUCAUUAGACUCUCUUUCCUUUAUACGAACAAAGGAGGGCGUUAGAGCGUAUGAGUACAACCACUGUAAUACAGCAGUGAAUAUGCUGGCACAGAUUAAAGGCACAGUUAUAUACCAUACGAUAAUAAACAGGCGUAUCUGGUGUGUAAUGGAAAAGAAAAAAAGACUCGUCCUCACUGUAGUAGAAUUAGAUAGUAAUAAAGAUGCAGUAGUGCCAGAACCAAAAGAGUGGGUAUUAACAGAGAUAGGUGUAAGUUUUGUGCCAACACAUAUAACAGAGGGAAGAAGUGAAUGUGAAGUAUUAAUAGGUGGUUCAGAUAUAAUUCUGUUCAACAGCACAGAUAACAAACACAUGCAAAUAUCCAGUAAAGAGACUGAAUACUUCCUGUGCAGACUUUCUAAUAACAGAAUCUACGGAGUAGGCCAGAGUGUUAAAGCAGAACUUAAAGACAGCAGAAUUCUCACAGUUUUUGACUUAAAAGGAAAGAAAUUAGAAGAAGCAGGCAUGGUAUUUAAAACACCAAUCAUGGAUGUACAAGUACUUAACAAGGAAAUAUUCAUUGCAUGCCAAAAUGAAAUAAAAAUACUAGAAGAGACAAAAGAAAUAAAAACACUCGACGUAUCUGCGGUAAUAGAUGGAAUAUGCGUAGAAGACAAUGAAAUAUUUGCUAUGCAAAGACCCUGGCAAUUCACUCAACAGAAACUUCCCCUGCAAGUAUUCAAGGAAAAGUAUGGAAGAAGAUAG